AGUUGAUUGACCUUAGUAACGUACGAAAUGGAGUCGGAUAGAUAUUUUCUCGAUAUUUGAUACUUCAAAUUUAAUCAACUUUCAAAUAUUUUAGAAUCAUAUGUAGAUAAGAUAAAACAUUCUUCACCUGUUAGCAGACAACAUUUUUCACCAGCAUGACUGAUGUACUUGAUGGCCCUUUAGGGUCCAUGAAAAAGAGAUCUGAUCCCCAUGUGUCAGAACUGCAGGCCAAACUACGAGAGAGAAAAAAGUUAGGACUGACCCAUGAUUUGAGUGACAGUGAUGUUCUGGAGGACAAUGAUGAUGGAGAUAGUGAAGAUGAUAUCUUGAACCAAUAUAGAAUAGAGUCCAGUAGCCACAGGAGAACUGAUCGUCCUAGUUCAGCAAAAAGGAGGUCCCCUGUAUCAACUGGUGCCUAUGAUAGUGGAAUUUCAUUAGGUGACACACUAAGGCCAGGACAGGGUAACCGAUUCAUGAAAUCUCAACGUAAAUCAGACAUGCCAUCAAUUGCUUCACCAAAACAGUCUCCAAAAGAUAAACAAAGUUUGCUCUCUGACAGUAUGUCAUAUGAACAGAAAGAAGCUAUCAUCAUGAAUAGAAAAACUCCAACCAAAGAUCUACAGCAAAGACAAAGCCCUGUUGACACUUCCAAACCAUGGCAGCCUCCAUCCUACAGAAAAGUUAGUGCAACACCAGAAGAUGACAUAGGCGACAGUGCAAGUUCAGGAUUAAUGAGAGGAAGAAAAACUCCACAAGACCCACUACUUGAAUCUAUCAGUGAAACGCCAUCUCCUAGGUACAGGAAACAGAGUCCCAAUUCUGACAAAAAGAUGCCUUCCAUGCCAGGAUUGGAUAGAAAAAGUCCUAAAUUAGACAGAAAAAGUCCUGGUUUAGACAGAAAAAGUCCUGGUUUAGACAGGAAAAGUCCUGGUUUAGACAGGAAAAGUCCUGGUUUAGACAGGAAAAGUCCUGGUUUAGACAGGAAAAGUCCUGGUUUAGAUAGAAGAAGUCCUGGUUUAGAUAGAAAAAGUCCUGGUUUAGAUAGAAGAAGUCCUAGCACAGAUAGAAAAUCACCCAAGGCUUUGAACCUAGAUGAUCCUUUGAUGUCUGUAAAAGGUGCCUCACCACGACCAAAACUUAAGACUGAUGUUUUCGGAAGCUCCUCAGCUAUGGAUGCUACCCUAGAUGAAGAUCCUACACCAAAACCUAGAAAGUCAAGAUUUUCUAGUGCAGGACAGAAAAAUCAAACUGAAAGUGAAAAACUUUUUGGUAGGAAAACUCCCACUGAGAGUGAUAGAACUACUGGAAGAAAAACACCCACUGAAAAAGAUAGAUUUGGUGGUCGUAAAACACCAACAGAAAAAGAUAGAUUCACAGGUCGUAAAACUCCAACAUUUGGCAAAAAAUCAGAAAAAGAAGAAAAUGAAAAAACUAAAGAAAAAAGUGAAAGAAAACAGGAACCAAGUUUAAUGGACUUUUUAACUGGUGAUGUUACUGAAAAGGAAACACCAAAAAAAGGAAAAAGUAAACUUUUUGAUGAUGAUGAUAGUGAUGAGGAAGAAACAAGAAAACAAAAAGUCAAACCUAGACGACCUCAACAUGAAGUUCAAAAGGAGGAAGAGCCAGAGGUUGACAGUUUUCAAGCUCUUUUAGCGAAGAAAAGUUAUCAAAAAGGAAGGAAACCUCAAGCAGAUGAAAGUUCUGUCUGUGAAGAAUAUGAAUUUGAACCAGGUCUGAAAAAAACUACAGAUUUGCAUAUGGAACAGAGCCAAUCACUCAGGUCAUACAACAAACAGAGGUCAGACAAACAGCAAGCUGAAGAUGCAAUAGAUAUGGUGGCAGGACAACAAAGAACUCAACAAAUGAAACCAAUAGAACGCCCGAAUAGUUCUAAAAAAACAACCACAAGCAGUAAAAUUGUGAAACCCAAACCUCGACAUUCCCUACCUGGUACCCCUACUCCUUCUUUAACCCUGUCUGAGACAGAUUUUAAUGAUACCAAAUCUUUGAGGGAAGCUAUCUUUAAUGACUGGAAAACCCAAAGAUUGAAUUCUGCAAGACAAAAACAAUCUGAAGAAAAAAAGAAAAAAGAAGAAGAGGAAAAGAAAAAAAAACAGGAUUUAGUAAACAAAAAACUAGAGAAUGAGGCAGCAUAUAGAACUUGGAAAGAACAGAGAGAACCAGUCAUUAAAGAUAAAAUGAAGGAAAAACAUAAAGAAGAAAAGAAAAAGAAAUUAGAAGAAGAGGAAAAAUUAAAGAAAAAGAAAGAUGCAGAAAAGGAAUUCAAGAAAUGGAAAGAAUUAAAUGAUGAAAAGUUAGUUGAACAGCAGAAAGAAAAGAAACGAGCUGAGAGAAGAAAAGAGGAAGAAGAAAAAAGAAAACAAAGAGAACGAGUAAAAGAUAAUGAAAGUGCUCUCAGAGUCUGGAAAGAAAAAAAAGAAGACGUUAUUAAGGAAAAAACCAAAGAAGAAAAAGAUAAAAUGAAACAAACUAAGAGAUAUAUGGAUGAAGAAAAACGAAGACAGGAAGAAGAAGCCAGAGAAAAAUAUGAGAAAUGGCUGUCAAGAAAGGACAAACAGAAAGUUGUUGAUAAGAAGAUAAGGUACACUUCUACAGAAAGUAUUGAAGAAAGACCAGCUUGGAGUCCAGCUAGUAGAACAAUUCCUCAGGGUCGAUGAUAGCUAAAAGAUUGUGGUUGUGAAUUUAAGAACUCAAAACUAAACAGAAAAUAGUUCCUGAAUGCUUCAUUAGGGAUUAUAGCUUUGUACAUUUAACCAAUUGUAGAACAUGGGUAGCUCAGACACUCUCCUUGCUUACAUGAAGAGAAAUACUUUUGUUCUGCUAUAUGUAGAUAAACAUAAGCAUCAGUUAAUAUAAAUGACAUCCUUUGAUGAUCCACUUUAUCCAAGCAUCAUUUGAAUUUUCAUUAAAUGUAAAGUCAAAAUGAAUAGUUCCGUUUCUUUAUUUCCGUAUGAAUAAUGUGAAUAAUGGUUUAUUGACAUAUUUUGUAGUAAAAUAAAUUCUCCAUUUUCCCACCUAUCACAACCCUACACCAUUUUUACAUGUGUAUCAAGUGAAACUCCUAUAAUUUGUUUUUGAAAUAUUUAAUGUAUUUCAUACCUUCUUUACACUAGCAGAGUUUAAAAAGAUGAAUUUAAAACAUUUGACAUUUAACCAUGUGUAGUAUAGGUUCCCAUAGUUUAUCUAAAUCAUAAAUGAACAAGAGUUUUGUUUUCAGAUGGUUUCUCAACUUCAUAAACAAGUUUCACCAUAAUUUAUCAUUUUCAUAGAAACAAACAAUGAAUCAUCAAAGACAUUACAACUAAGGAAAACUUUGAUUCUAUUGGGCAUCAAGCUUAUGGAAAAAAGGUUGGACAAAAUUUGAGUUUCACAUUUAACAAUAGACAUGGUAAUAAUGAGACUAGUACAGUAUACAAUUAGGAAUAUAAAGGUGGUACCUAACACUACAGGGAGAUAACUCUGUUAAAUCGGCAGAACGUUUUAAUGAAGUUGUGUUCAUAAGGGAAUAUUAAGCUUCUCAAUGAUCAAAAUAAGUGUUAGUCAAACUGCUAUAUAACCAGUGUAUUUUUUCUGAUAAAACGGUUGGUUCAAAUUUUAGAAUUUUUUAUAUUUUUGUCAAAGGGUCAAAGUAAAUACUUUGUUAAAAUUUUAAGAAAUUAAACGAUCCAAAUUAAUUUUAGUUAAAGUGUUAGGUACCACCUUAAGUCAAGGAAAACAGUUACUAGUAUAUCUCAUUUGUAUUUAAAAAAUAGAGCAGCAAGCAUCAUGAGUUGUGUCCAAAUAUGAUGUCAUCUAUGUAUUGAAUUGUUUAAAAUCAAUUUAAACAUAUCAAUGAUUUUUUAAAGAAAUUGUAGUUAUAUUUUAUGAAUAUUUGUAUGAUAACUUUGUAUGCAUGUUUUAUUGUAAGUGAUGUCAAUGUAGGUGAUUAUUUUAGUGCUUUUAGGUAAUGAUGUUUUACAGAUUUUAUUUUUUUAUUGUAAAAAUGAAUUCCGUCCUGUUGUGAUAUGAAUUGUCUGUUUUAGAUAUGUAUGUUAUAUAUUUUAUCUUUCAUUUUUAUUAAGAAAAAGUUAUUUUGUGGAUUUUGAACUGAAAAAAGCCAAUUUGAUCUGAAUUCAGCUUAAAAGAACAUCAUUCUUGAGUCACUUUUCAUUAGAGCUAUUGAUUGCAGUAAAUUCAGUACUGUUCAGAUGAUAAGCUUGAAAUCAAUGAAGGAAGAUGAACAUGCCCAACAAUUUAUACUAACUACCAUCAAUUUUGGCAGAUCCAUAGUAGAAAACAUCAAAGUUUGUUGAAACAUAUUUUUCCACCUGAGCUUGUGCAGUUUGACAUUUCUUCUCUCUACAAUUAAAAUUGCAAGCCUCACAUUUUUUAAUAAAAUGUCUCAAGUGGAGAACUAAUAUAUUUAUCACUAAAAAAUUAUAGAAUUUAUAUCUAAGCAGUAGAUUAUUAUUAUUUUAGUAUAAAACUUGAUAGUAGCAUCUGUCCAGUCUAUAUUGUUAUAGUCAUUUGUGUAGUACUACUUGAUGUUUCUGUCUUCAUCUUAUCUGUGAUAUGUUUCUGUUUAAAAUCAUGAUAAUAAAACAUCUUAAAUCAAA